AUGCAAUACAAGUCUACCGUUUUGGCUGCUGCCCUAGCUGCCUCUGUCUCCGCCGCUGUCACUGAGUCCGAGCCAUGGACCACCUUGACUCCCUCUGCCACCUACAAGGGUGGUAAGACUGCGUACGCCGAGACUUUCGGAAUUGCUGUCAAGCCAGUCACCUCGUCUGUGUCGACUUUGAGCGCUGCUACCGCCUCCACCAUGGCCAAGAGAGACGCUAUCUCCCAGAUCGGUGACGGUCAGAUCCAGGCCACCACUGCCACCAAGAGCACCGCUGCUGCCAUCUCGCAGAUCGGUGAUGGCCAAAUCCAGGCUACCACUUCUACUGCUUCUGCCAAGAAGUCUACUGCUGCUGCCAUCUCGCAGAUCGGUGAUGGCCAAAUCCAAGCUACCACUUCUACUGCCCCAGCCAAGAGCACCGCUGCUGCCAUUUCUCAAAUCGGUGACGGUCAAAUCCAAGCCACCACCGCCACCACUUCCGCCAAGAGCUCUGCUGCUGCCAUCUCUCAAAUUGGCGACGGUCAAAUCCAAGCUACCACCACCACCUUGAAGCCAUCCGCUGCUGCCAUCUCUCAAAUCGGUGACGGUCAGAUCCAAGCCAACAACUCCACUAGCACUGUGCCAGCCGCCUCUCAAAUCACUGACGGCCAAAUCCAAGCCACCACCUCUUCUUCCACAUCCCCAGCCUCCAGCUCCGACGCCGACGCCUUUGUCAAGGCUGUCUCCUGCAAAGCCGACGGUUCUCUAUCCAUGACCCUGGAAAAGAGUGUGUUGAAGGACUCCAAGGGAAGAAUCGGCUCCAUCGUGGCCAACAGACAAUUCCAAUUCGACGGUCCUCCUCCACAAGCCGGUGCCAUCUACGCUGCUGGCUGGAGUAUCACCCCAGAGGGUAACUUGGCCGUUGGUGAACACGAUGUUUUCUACCAAUGUCUAUCUGGUACCUUUUACAACUUGUACGACGAAUCCAUCGGUGCUCAAUGCUCCCCAGUCCACUUGGAAGUCAUUGAGCUAAUCGACUGUUAA